AUGGCACAUGGACUCUUACCACAUUUCCAGCUGGCAAAAUUCCCAUUGGUUGUCGUUGGGUAUAUAAGAUCAAGCACAAAGCAGAUGACUAUAUUGAAUGUUAUAAAGCCCACUUUAGCAGCGUCUCGUCGUUGGAAAUUACACCAUUUGGAUGUGAAUAAUGCUUUCCUUCAUGGUGAUUUAUCAGAGGAAAUAUAUAUGUCUUCUCCACCAGGUCUUCGGCGACAGGGGGAGGAGAAUAUGAAAGGAAAUUUAUUUACUGCUUUUUUGAUUUACGUUGAUGAUAUCUUCAUUACUGGGAAUGACUUGGAGACAAUUGCUGCACUUAAGACUUUCUUGCAUAGUCAAUUUCAUCUCAAGGAUCUUGGAGACUUAAAGCAUAUUCUUGGCAUCGAGCAUAGUGAUCUGCUCAAAGACCCUGAGAAAUACAGGAGGUUGAUUGGCUGGCUCAUAUAUCUCACUGUAUCCCGUCCUGAUAUUACCUAUGCCAUCCAUGUCCUUAGUAGAUUCAUGAAUCAACCUAGAAAGACGCAUUGGGAAGCACCAUUAAGGGUGGUACGUUACUUGAAAGGUGCUCCAGGACAAGGUUUAUUCUUUUCUUCCAUCAGUGAUUUAAGGUUGAGAGCCUAUUGUGAUUUCGAUUGGGCAGGAUGUCCAGUCACAAGAAGAUCUACAACCGGAUACUUUGUCUUUCUUGGAUAUUCCUUGGUCUCUUGGAAGUCUAAGCACCAAAAGACAGUGUCUUUAUCUUCAACAGAGGCUGAAUAUCGACCUAUGACAUGCACAUGCUGUGAGUUGACUUGGUUACGUUGCUUACUCAAGGAUUUGGGCAUGUUGCUUCAUGAGCCAACUUUGUUAUUUUGUGACAACAAGGCCACAUUGCAGUCAAUCCUAUUUUUCAUGAUCGAACAAGGCAAAUUGAGAUGGACUACCAUUAUAUCCGAGACAAAAUCUUAG